UAACAAUCUUCUUCUCUUUUAGAUCCCCAUUUUUCACCAAAAACACAUCGUAAAAAUGGGAAAGGAUCUAGAAAUAGCUGGCUACACCAUCUUGCCGCUUCGUUUGCCCCCCGCCGAGUCAAAGCGUGCAAAGCCCGCAACACAUUAUCUCUACCUCCGACCUCAUGAACCACGCAUUCCCGACGCUGAUACACCCCGCUCGCUAUUCGUAGUCAAUGUUCCUCUCGACACGACAGAGCUACAUCUGCGCCACUUAUUCGGGACCCAGCUAGCCGCCGGCCGUGUAGAGCGAGUUCACUUCGAAACCGUACCGACGAAGAAAAAAGGAGGAAUGGCCACGGCGCAUAGCAUGGUCGCGAAUGUCUCGAAAAGCAAAAAGAGAAAGAGAGUGACAGCCGAUGAACUACAGAAUCAGCUGGAGAAUGUCACAUUACCGUCUAUGUGGGACCGGGAACUUCAAAAAAGCGGUGCGCAUGCGGUCGUCGUCUUUGUUGAUAAGCCCAGCAUGGAGGCCAGUGUGAAAGCGGCCAAGAAGGCAGGCAAAAAGAAGGAUGGGGAACUUGUCUGGGGCGAAGGCAUUGAGGACCGCCUUCCUCAGCUGGGCUUGCAGCGUUAUCUCAACCAUGAACAGGCCCGGUAUCCUCCCCGCGCGGAGUUGCUGCGCACGGUGAACGAUUUCAUGACGAUGUUUGAAACUGUUGCAGAGGCUAGGAGGAAGGAGCAGGCACUCAGGGCACAGGAACCGGACGAGGAUGGGUUUAUUACGGUUACGAGUGGGCCGAAGCUUACGUCUGUUGCACACGAAGAUGAGGCUAGGGAGUUGAUAGAGAAGCAGAAACAGAAAUCUCAAGGAUUGGAGGACUUCUAUCGGUUCCAGUCGAGAGAGAAGAGGAAGGAGAGGCAGAAUGAGUUGCUGAAGAAGUUCGAUGAGGAUAAGAAGAAGCUGGAGGAGAUGAAGAAACGGAAGGGAAAAAUUAGGGUGAGUUCAAUUGUGUUUCCUAUUUCCCUUUUUCUUCUCCUAACCAAGGGGUUCCCAUUGCUGAUGACAUACUAGCCUGAAUAAUGCAUUUAUUGUGUGUCGGCAUCGAUUCUUAGCAUGGCGUUUGGGAUAGAUUAAAAGUUUUGACAUCCUCAUGGAUUGGAGAUGUACGUGCGAAGUGGCUGUGAGUGAAGUGCACAUCUUUUGUUCAUCUUUUGCACUGUAUUUCAUUAUAUUCCAUACCGAUGAUGAGUCCGCUGGGGCCAGAGGAGAGCAAGACUCGACCUUGGUCGAUGUCAUGCCAUGCCUUCAAAAACCAGCGAAAUUAAUAUCUUCUCACCCUUCUGAAGCAUUAAGCAACCAUCCUUUGUCUAUAGACUAGUGCUGCAGAUUUAGGACACCUGCUGACAACUGAUACUCCGACUAGGUACUUUUAUUUCCUUCCAAAUCUUACGGUUACGGAGCUGUGAGAUCAAAAUGUAUACCUACUUCUGGAUUCUAAAUACCAAGGUGGGCACUAGCUAUACCUGCGAUUUUAUCUCCGUAUAUGUAAUAGGUUAAAUUACAACUAUA